UUCUCAGUUAUGACUUCAUAAAAGCGUACUCACUUACCUCUUCAAUACCCCCACCCACCUCACCAAUCGCCGCCGUAGUAUUCCGUCGUCCUUCUCUCCGGUGGACAAUCGACCACCGUUAUCGCCGCCUUAACUUCACUUUCUUCUCACUGCAUGCCUCGAUAGCAAGAAUUUUCAAUUACUGUGUGAGUUCGAAACCCUAUUUUCUUUUUCGUUUGGGUCUUGUUCGUGACUUCCAUCAAUCAUCAAAUUCACAUACUGUGAAUGAAAUUAAGUCUUGAUGGACAUUGCUGAGUUUUUUAGUGAUUAUGAUCAACUCGAAAUGGAUACACCAGCCGUUAAGCUGGAAUCAAAUGUCGGUGAGGCCCCACCUCGGCAAAAACAAAACCAAAAUGAAGAAAAUAGGAGCUCUACAGGCACUAGUGUGUUGGACCAAGAACAAUCACCGGUAGAUGAUGCAAAUCUUUGUUCCACAUCACCGGUUUGCGCUGCACCGGUUUGUAGACAGUUCUGGAAAGCCGGGGCCUACAAUGAUGAUCUUGCUCCGAAGUCCACAACUAAAUCGGGUUCUAGUUAUCUACACAUACACCCGAAGUUCCUUCAUUCGAAUGCUACUUCUCACAAAUGGGCAUUUGGUGCUAUUGCGGAGCUUAUUGACAAUGCAGUGGAUGAGAUACAAAACAAUGCUACGUAUGCAAUUAUAGACAAAACGAUUAACCCAAGAAAUGGAAGUACCGCAUUGCUAAUUCAAGAUGAUGGAGGUGGGAUGGAUCCGGAAGCAAUGCGCCAUUGUUUGAGUUUCGGGUUUUCAGAUAAGAAGUCAAAGUUCGCAAUCGGGAAGUAUGGAAAUGGCUUCAAGACCAGCACAAUGAGGCUUGGAGCAGACGUGAUCGUUUUCAGCCGUCACUUAACCGACAGCACAUUGACCCAAAGUAUCGGACUUUUAUCGUAUACGUUUUUAACCCGAGCAGGCUAUGACAGGAUUGUAGUCCCAAUGGUUCACUACCAGUUCAACUUUAUAACGGGAACUUUUGAUCCCCUACAUUCUGAAGGUAUUGAAAACCCUAAUUCAAACCUAUCUGUUAUUUUGAAAUGGUCCCCAUAUUCAACCGAAGAAGAGCUACUGAAGCAAUUUGAAGAUGUUGGUUCUCAUGGCACGAAAGUUAUCAUAUACAAUUUAUGGCUCGAUGAUGAUGGUAACAUGGAGCUUGAUUUUGAGUCAGAUCCUGAGGAUAUAUGUAUUACUUGGGAUGGAAAAAGCAAAUUUAAAGAAGGUGGCCGUAUGGCGGUAACUGAUAAGCAUCUUGCUAAACGCCUUCGUUGUUCUCUUCGUGCAUACUUAUCCAUUUUGUACUUAAAAUUACCGGCUACUUUUGCAAUGGUAUUGCGAGGGAACGUCGUUCUCUAUCAUAAUAUUGCUAAUGACUUAAAGCACACGGAAUUUAUCAUGUAUAGACCUCAAAGUGACGGAUGUGCCGAGAACGCAGUGGUUACAACCAUAGGGUUUGAUAAGGAGGCCCCAAAUGUUAGCGUGCAUGGAUUUAACAUCUACCACAAGAAUCGUCUGAUACUGCCAUUUCAACCAGUUGUACUUUUUGCCGACAGUCGGGGGAGAGGUGUUAUUGGUGUUCUUGAAGCAGAUUUUAUUGAACCAACACACAAUAAACAAGAUUUUGAGAAAACGUCACUUUUUCAAAAACUUGUUACCCGUUUGAAAGAAAUGACAUGGGAAUACUGGGAUUAUCAUUGCGGGCUGAUUGGGUAUCAAAUCAAGAAAAAAGCCCGGCCCCCAUCAGACACCCCGGGUUUAUCUAAUUUCAUUCAUCAGCACGUUGAAGAUUAUUCCCGUAAGAGACGUAAUAAUGAUGUUGGGUCCACUAAAAAAGCACCGGAUAUAGGUAAUUUAAACAGCAAGGCUGCUCGUUAUUCUAGCCCUUCGUUUCUAAAACCGGUAGAAUUGAAACAAAGCUUUCCACCAGGUUUCAAAGAAGGGUCAAAUCUGAAAAGGAAGUUGGGAGACGAAUCUCGAAGUUUUUCAUCGGAGGUUGUUAAUGUCGGCGGCUCUAAUCUGACUGAUUUGGGACACGAUGGAGGAGCAAUAAAGGUGAUAGACGAAAACAAAAAGCUCAAAGCCCAAUGCCUGGAGUUCGAGAAAGCAGAGGAGGAACUUACUAACAAGGUGGCACAACUUAAAAGGGAACUGGGAGAUGCGAAAGCAGAGUAUGCUCGCAUAUUGGCGGAAUUGGAGGAGCUGGAUGUGGUGAAGGGGGAAAACUAACUAGGUAGAGGUUUUUAGGUGUAACAUUAUGUGAUUGUGUGUGUGUAUUAUUAGGUUGAAUUAGGCCCUAUGGAAACCCCUUUGUUAUAAUAAGAUUCCUCCUACCUUUUGAACUGAUGAACCUUGUGGGAUCUUGUAGGAUUUGCCACUUUAUAACAUUUGUAAACAAACAUGGGUUUCACUAUGAUGGGUUUGACUGUCGUUUUGACCAUUUUUUAAAAAUAUAAUGCUAUGCCACUUGUGAAUUAACUUCUUCA